CAGAACUUUUUGGUUGUUAUUUGAGUUGAAAAGAUUGACGUGUUUUUCAUUAUAUCGAAGUUAUUGGUGCCGGUUUAAUUAAUCUCUUGGAGCACGUAAUUAUUGUUUACUUGAAGCUAUAAAAUUAACGAUAAUGCUACAAAUCCGCAGUCUAGGUAUUCUCUUAUUUGUCGUGGGGACGUAUGCUUUGUACGACUCCUCGUCAGAUGUUAUAGAAUUGACUCCCAACAACUUCGACAGACUCGUCACAAAAUCUGAUGAAAUAUGGAUAGUUGAAUUUUACGCUCCAUGGUGUGGACACUGUAAAAACCUUGUUCCUGAAUACAAAAAAGCUGCUCGUGCAUUAAAGGGUAUCAUCAAAGUAGGUGGUGUAGAUGCAGAUCAACAUAAAGACUUGGCACAGAGAUAUGGAGUUACCGGGUUCCCAACUAUCAAGGUGUUUUCUGGUAGCAAGCAUACUCCAUACCAGGGUCAGAGGACUGCUGAAGCGUUUGUUGAUGCUGGUAUCAAGGCAGCAAAGGACAAAGCCUAUGAAAACCUUGGGAAGAAGGCUGGUGGUUCUUCUGACAGGUCUGAUGUAAUCACAUUGACCGAUAGCAACUUUAAAGAACUGGUUCUGGAUAGUGAAGAUCUGUGGUUGGUGGAGUUCUACGCCCCCUGGUGUGGUCACUGCAAGAACCUCGAGCCUCACUGGGCCAAGGCAGCUACGGAACUUAAGGGCAAGGUGAAAGUAGGUGCAUUAGACGCGACGGUACACCAGGCCAUUGCCUCGCGAUACCAAGUGCAAGGAUAUCCCACCAUCAAGCUCUUCAAUGCUGGCAAGAAGACAUCCGACUCAGUAGAAGACUACAAUGGAGGCAGGACUUCAAGUGAUAUUGUGGCCUAUGCUAUGGAGAAACUCGCUGAGAAUAUUGCACCACCAGAAAUUAUUCAGGUUGUAAAUGAAGAGACAAUGAAGGUGUGCAGUGAGAAGCCAUUAUGUGUGGUGUCCAUACUGCCGCACAUACUGGACUGCAACGCAGCUUGCCGGAAUGAAUACAUCUCUAUACUGGCACGCCUCGGGGACAAGUAUAAGAACAAGAUGUGGGGAUGGGUAUGGACGGAGGCUGGCGCACAGCCCGCGCUGGAGGCGGCGCUGGAGCUGGGCGGCUUUGGGUAUCCCGCCAUGGCUGUUGUUAACGCAAAGAAACUCAAGUUCUCCACACUCAGGGGAUCCUUCUCGGAGACUGGCAUCAACGAGUUCCUCAGGGAUCUUUCAUUCGGUCGAGGUCAAACAGCGCCAGUGAAAGGAGCGGAGAUGCCAAAGAUCAGUGUCUCCGAGCCCUGGGACGGCAAGGACGGGGAACUGCCUCUGGAAGAAGACAUUGAUCUCUCCGAUGUAGACUUGGAGAAGGAUGAGCUAUAAGUGAUGUAAUUGCCAGUGUUGCCAAUGUGUCCACACGUGUAUACAAAGACAUUUAAGAAGUAUAUAGACUAGGCAUAUUGAACCAAAAAA